AAGUUUCAACACUGCAAAUUCAAUUAAGUUAGAGACGUAGGAUAUGGAUGCAGAGUUGUUCAAGGCUGCAAGAGAUGGGAAUAUUGAGGCUCUGCUCAAGCUCCUGGAAAGCGAUCCUCUUCUCCUGGAGGGCGUUGCCACCGCUAAUAAUCCUCUGCACGUAGCGGCCAUGCUAGGACACCGUUGAUUUUGCAAAGGAACUCCUCAAGCACAAAUCCGAUGUGGGGGAGUAUGCAAAAGAGCUGAACCAACAUGGAUAUAGCCCCAUGCACUUGGCUGCUGCAAAUGGUCAUCUUCAGGUUGUGGAGAUGCUUUUAGGAAUCAGUCGUGAGCUCUGCUGUGUCAAGGGAAGAGAUGGGGUGACUCCUCUUCACUGUGCUUCCAUCAAAGGUAGACGUCAAAUUAUUAGCCUUCUUCUCUCUGCUUGUCCUCCCUGUGUUGAAGAGGUUAACGCAUGGAAUGAAAUUGCCCUGCAUGUUGCCGUUAAAAACAAUCAGUUCGAAUCUCUCAGAACAUUGGUGGAAGGGCUGAAGCAGUGCAACAAUUUGGUCAUUUUAAACUCGAGGGAUGUCGAAGGAAACACUGUUCUCCACCUCUCUGCAGCCACAAAAAAUCAUCAGGCUGUUGAAUUGUUGGAAAUUGCAAUGAUGGAAUUCCUGGGGUACUGGAAGUGAACGCCACAAAUAAGAGUGGACUGACGGCA